AUGGCCCCCCUCCAGCCAGAGAGUCUCUUUUGCAAGCUGGACACAGCGCCGGCGGAUGAAGUCUUCGCUCUGAUGGGCGACUUCGCCGCUGAUACUCACCCAGACAAGGUCAGCUUGGGUGCUGGUGUGUACAGAGACAACGAAGCAAAGAGUUGGAGGCUACCGGCGGUCAAGAAGGCUGAACAAUUACUCCUCGAUGACCCAACUCUUGAUCAUGAAUACCUUCCUAUCCCUGGCUACGCACCAUUCUACAACAUGGCUAGGGAUCUAAUCUUCGGAACAGGCGAGUCGAGCAUCCCCAAGGAACGCAUUGCCAGUCUCCAAACAAUCUCAGGAACGGGAGCGAACCACAUCGGAGCUCGCUUCCUAGCAGACCACCUCCCAAAGCUUUCUGAUCCCAAUGCAAAGCGCACUAUCUGGAUCUCCGACCCAACGUGGGCCAACCACCAUUUGAUCUGGAACCUUGUCUCGAGCGGAACCUCCGGCAGCCCCAUCCAGGUGAAGACAUACCCUUACUACCAUGAACCCACACGGUCACUUAACUUUGAGGGAAUGAUGAAGGAACUCGAGGCUCAUGCUGUCGCGGGAGAUGUUGUCCUUCUUCACGCCUGUGCUCACAACCCUACUGGAAUUGAUCCCACCCGUGCUCAGUGGCUGCGGAUCGCUGAUCUGUGCGAGAGCAGAAGCUUAUUCCCCUUCUUUGACUCAGCAUAUCAAGGAUUCGCUUCUGGAGAUCUGGACAAUGAUGCCUGGCCCAUCCGCGAAUUUGCUAAGCGUGGGAUGGAGCUUUGCGUUGCUCAGAGUUUCAGCAAGAACCUAGGUCUUUAUGGUCAGCGAACUGGCGCCUUCCACCUUGUGUGCCGCAACGCAGAGGCGACUGUCUGUGCCCGAUCUCAGGUUGUUGAGCUUCAGCGUGGCGAGAUCUCUACUCCACCAUCAUACGGACCACGACUUGCGGCAAAGAUCUUGAGUGACCCAGCCCUUGUUGAGAUGUGGAAGGAAGAUCUCAUCACCAUGAGCAGCAGAAUUAAGUCCAUGCGCCGUGCUCUAUAUGAUGAGCUGCAGAGACUGCAGACCCCCGGAACCUGGGAGCACAUCAUCAACCAGAUCGGCAUGUUCUCGUACACCGGCCUCACCAAGGAGCAAGUCCGCCUCCUUCGUGAAUACCACAUCUAUCUCCUGGACUCCGGCCGUAUUUCUAUCGCCGGACUAAACACCAGCAACCUGAAGUACGUCGCAGAAGCCAUCGAUUCCGUGGUCCGUAAGACUACCAAAACCUCCAACGGCUCCAAUGGCUCUAAUGGCCACUAA